AUGAACUCGGCGACGCAGACUAUGAGCUCCCAGUAUUUGUUUGUCUUCGCCCAAGCACACGAUGAGUUUAGGAUACCUGAGCUGCUCUCGGUCGCAGAGCUGUAUGGAUUUAAUAUCACAUUCCCCACUCAUACCCGAAAUGUGGAUAGCUCUCGACCAUUUCUGGUAUUGGAGCUUGCCAGCGCGGAGCAUGCGAAACUUCUAGCUAGGAGAUGUAUCCUUGUAAAAUCUGUAUACGAGUAUUACGGCAGUGGUCGAACAUACGAUGAAUUGCAUGAGCAGACCCGUGCUCGUCAGCCCCAGUGGAUCCAAUAUGUCGAUGACACAUCUUUCAAAUUCUUUGUGUCGGCGUAUAAUCAUACAAUACCCCAGUCACGUCAGCGAGAGAUCGUUGAGAGUUUUUCCUAUAUGCGUAUGAUGGGGAAAAUCGACAUGAAAAAUCCCGAAGUCACAUUCGCUUGCUUCGAAGAAUAUCAUGAUCCUCGUGGUACUACAUCUCGUGCAAAGCACGAAAGAGACGGAACUUUCAGAAAAGUUUGGUUUGGCAGGUUGGUGGAAGAAGGAUCCGCGCGUAUGUUAAUCAAGGAGUUUGACGUCAAGAAGCGAGUCUACUAUGGCAAUACAACCAUGGAGGCCGAAAUGUCUCUACUAAUGGCAAAUCAAACACUCGCUUCACCAGGCAAACUCAUAUAUGAUCCAUUCGUGGGUACUGGCAGCAUGACCUAUACUACAGCACACUUCGGUGCGUUGAUUUUUGGAUCAGACAUAGACGGCCGACAGAUGCGAGGCAAAGUAAAGCCUCCCGGUAUCAUUCGCGCUGCCGCCCAGUACGGCGUAGCUGAUCGCAUCGUCGACUUGUUCACUUUCGAUGUGACACGAAACCCGUGGAGAUGCGGCAGCCUUUUCGACGCAAUAAUAACGGAUCCGCCCUACGGUGUAAGGGCCGGUGCUAAGAGGCUAGGCAAGAAGGAUCGACCUCUAAGGCCUCCCAAAGAAACCAUGCCAAGGGAACAUGACCUUGAGCGUGUAGAUAACCAACCGUACAUCCCUCCAACCAAACCAUACGAACUGUCAGCUCUCGCAUCCGAUCUCGUUCUUUUGGCACGGCACAUGCUGAAAGCUCGUGGAAGACUCGUGUUUUUCCUUCCUACUGUGACAGACGAAUACGAGGAUCUAGAUACGCAGACGUUGCUGUGCGAAGGCAUGGAGAUCGUCGCCAACUCGCUGCAGGAUUUUGGCUCGUGGGGACGUAGGCUAAUCACAAUUCAAAAAAACACAACGAUGCAGUACCCACCACCCUCAUUUCACCACUUGGAGAGAGCUGUCAGCGCACAUGUUCCCGCCCACAGGGAUUUCCGCGAGAAGUACUUCCAGGGUUUCAAAGGCACUGAUUAG